AUGGGUCGCUUCUUCCGAUCCACCGAUGAAGUUGUCGAAGAGGUGAAGAAAAUCCACCGGUCUCUUCCACCGAGGCCAGGGAUAGACGAGGUCGAUGCCGCAGUAGCUCUGGUCAGGGAUGCCGACAAGGAAGAACAAUCCCGCCUGGAAGAUAUCCAGAAGCAGAAGAAAGGGUUCGACAUCCCUGAUGAGCUCUUCUCCGCUCUCCUGGAGAUGCAGAAGAAUCUCGAGACGUUCCGAUGCAAGGACCAGAAGAACGACGCCCUGAAGCUGCUUGAGCUGGAGAACGCUCACGUUCUCUUCGACGAGUUGGUUCAGAGAGCCUCUAGAUGCGUGGCAUCUAGCUCACAUGGACCAAACUCCUCCUUGUCGAUGAGUUCUUCCUCCGCUGCUGCUGCCCCCACUCCAAAACCUGUCUUGAACUCUCUGACCACGGAGAUAGGAAACACAAGAACCGAGCUGUUCACCAGAGACGACGGUUACGUGAAGAAAGCGAAAUCUAACUUUCUUGCCGAUAGAAUCGGUCUCCAUCCGUUCGCAUUGCAAAGCUCGUCGCCAAAUGCAACAACUAAACCUAUGGCAUCAGCUGGUAAGGAUUAGCCCGGUGUUUUGGACUAGCUAAUCUACUACGUAUAUGCGAUUCUAUUUCAAUGAAAAACAUAUAAAUUUCAUUGAAAAUUCCCUUUUUAUUGAAUGGUUCACUGUUCAAUUUUCUGGACAUUCAGUAUAGCCAGACUUGAGAUUUCAUUGACAAUAUCCGUAUUGAAAAUUUCGCAGUCUAAUCUCUAGACAUAUCAUAAUGUUUCAUGAUAGAACUUAAUGUAAGUUGUGGUUAAAUCUUAGUGUAGUUUAAUCUUCCAUGUUAUUAUACUGGGAUUGUAAUUGAGAUCCUGAGCAUUUUUUUAGAAUUCAAUGAGAAGUUGAGAUAUCUGAUGGUCCCUAGAUAUAACGUAAUAUAAGUGUUGGUUAAUUUCAGUGCAUUUUCACUCACCAUUGCUGCGAUACAUUGUUUGCUGACUUCGGAUCAUUUCAUCUGUUUGGUGUUUUGUAGGAGAAGGCAGUGGGAAACUAAGUCUGAUAAAGCUAGCCACCUUAAUUGAGAUGUCUUCAAAGAAAGGGCUCAAGGAUCUGGAUCUUCAGAACAAGCUUAUGGAUCAACUAGAUUGGUUACCUGAUUCAAUAGGGAAAUUAUCCGCUCUCCUCACCCUCAAUCUAUCAGAAAAUAGUAUAACUGCACUCCCAAGAACGAUUGGUACCCUUUACUCUCUAAAAAGGUUGGCUCUUCGUUCAAAUCGGAUUGCUGAACUCCCUGAGGAAAUCACAGAUCUUCUGAGCCUCACUUGCCUUGACCUUCAAGGAAAUCGGUUGAAAUCACUACCGUCGAAUCUAAGCAAGCUAGUCCUCCUCCAAGAACUGGACCUGAGCGCAAAUCAGUUGUCUGUCCUUCCUGAUGCAAUCGGAGACCUGCUGAACUUGAGGAAGUUAGUUGUUGAAACAAACAACUUGGAAGAACUCCCACAUUCAAUCGGUAACUGUACCUCUCUCAUUGAGCUCCGCGCCGAUUAUAAUCGCCUGAAGGCCCUCCCAGAAGCUGUGGGCAGGCUUAAAACCUUGGAGAUUCUUUCCAUCCGGUACAAUACCAUAAAAUCUCUUCCGACCACGAUGUCUUCCCUUUCAAACUUGAAGGAGAUUGAUGUCAGCUUCAAUGAGUUGGAGUCAGUGCCGGAGAGCCUAUGCCUGGCUUCUACACUGGUCAAGAUGAACAUUGGAAAUAAUUUUGCAGAUAUGAGGUCGCUGCCACAAUCCAUUGGGGAUCUCGUGAUGCUUGAGGAACUGAAUAUAAGCAAUAAUCAGAUAACUGUUCUUCCUGACUCCUUUGCGAUGUUGUCGCGUCUCCGAGUGCUUCAUGCAGAAGAGAAUCCUCUGGAGAUGCCGCCAAGGCAUCUUGCCAAAAUGGGUGCCCAGGUAAUCAGCCAUCUCCAUUAAUUUACUGUUGUGCGGUUUAUUUUGCUUUCAGUCCCUGUAAAACACUUUGAUGGAAAUCCCCAAACUUUUCCUGUUGACGAUCUACUCCGAGACCAGCCUAAGACUAUUUUUCUAGCAUUCAGAUUAUGUUUCCGUCUGCAAAUGAAGAGCAUUCUACAGCCACCAGUUAACCUCAGCUAUGCUUCUUUCUAUCACAAACAAAAGUACAUCUCAUGGCCGGGGAGCUGUUCACUGGUGUCUCCAGGGCAAAGGGUUGGAAAAAGGAAGGGUUUUAUAGGGUAAACAGUAGGGGCUUACCCAUUAAUGACAGAUUUUUCAGGGGCUGAAAAGCUAAGAAACCAGAAUUUUUUUAAUAUAUAUGGCAUGAUUUGACGUAAUAACUCGGAAUUUUUAUGUGAUAUGGAAGGCUGUAGUACAGCACAUGGCUGAACAUGUUGCUAAAAGAGAAAUCAGUGUACGGAAUGCGAGGACAAGGAAGAGCUGGACCCAGUUUUGCUUCUUCUCCAGCUCUAACAAGGGAAAACACAACAGUUUGGCUUAUGCAAGGGCCUGA